AGAAGUUCGAUGCUUAGCCCAACAAUUCGAUCCGACACUCGACAGUCAACAGUUCCUCUCUCUCCCCGGCAGCUGCUGAGAGGUUGACGGGGAAGCGGAGGCGGCGGGGGAGGAGGAGGAGGAGGAGGCGGAGGAGGGGGCAAAAAUGUACAAAUCGAAGCUUCAAGAGCUCUGCCACCGCAAUCAAUGGAGUCUGCCUCAGUACUCCACCACCAAAGAAGGCCCCAAUCACAGUCCCCGCUUCAACACCAUCCUUAUCAUCAACGACCUCACCUUCGAGACUCCAGUUCCCUCCAGAUCCUCCAAGGAGUCCCAGAACGAAGCCGCUAAGCUCGCAUUCGACCACCUUUCAGCCCCGCCUAAACCUCCCGCCGAGCCUCCGAUCAUCGCCGCUCCGCCUCCACCGCCCGCGGCGCCCCAACUAGCCGAGAAAUUGAGAGGGACUUUAGAUAUGAGUGAUAUGCUGGCGAGUUUAGAGGCAGUGCAACCAAAACUACCGGGAGAUUAUCAAUCUCCCAGGCCGAAAAUGGCGGAAGAAUGCCAAAUUCCUCAGGCUAAACCACUGGAGUGCCAAGUUCCUCAGGCAAAACCUCCGGAAGAAUGCUGUGCCCCUCAGGCGAAUCAAAGCAGCCCAACUGUCAAAGACAAUGCCCCAGUUAGAGAGGUGUGGCAUCUGUGUAAAAACCAGCUUCAGAUGUACGCCCAAAAGAGGAAUCUUCCUCUACCAACGUACUCAUGUGAGCGUGAGGGCCCGCCACAUGCCAGUCGCUUUAAAUGCAAAGUCACUGUAGAUGGACAAACUUUUGAAAGUUCAGAUUUCUGCAGCACGUUGAAAGAUGCCGAGCAUGCUGCUGCACAGGUUGCUCUACUGGCCCUCUCAGCCAAUAUAGAUCAAGAGGGUGAUUCUGGUCUAUACAAGAACCUUUUACAAGAAUUUGCUCAGAGAGAAGGUUAUCACCUGCCUGCGUAUGAGACAAAUGGGUCGGGUGGACAUGUUCCUAUUUUCACUUCAACUGUGGUGAUAGCAGGAGAAAGUUUUACUGGCCAACAGGAAAGAACCAAGAAACAGGCAGAGAUGAGUGCAGCAAAAGUUGCUUAUACUAUUUUAAAAAAGCGCAAGCGAAGUCAUACUUCUAAUUCCCCAUCCCCUGCCCACCAAAGACCAAGGUCAUUUUCAUCCUCUAGCUCGCAGCCAAAUUCUACUCCAGGUAUCCCACUCAGUAUCGGUCCAAAAGUGGGUGCAGCCUCCAACUUUACUCUCCUUACUGAAAGAGAUUAUGGAAGUGGAGAAGACACCAGACGUAAGAACCACAAUCACCCUGUUCCAUAUGGUGAAGCCAAAACGUCUAUUCUGAGAAGCGAAGAUCCGUCGUCCGAUUCCAUAUAUGCUCGGCUAAGAAGUCCGAUCCUUGAAGAGAACUCGUCCGAGUCAUCUUCCCCUUCCGAGGACGACAAUUUGCUCACAGUUAUGGACCUGACAAUUGGAUCCUCAACAGAAGCAAUUAACGACAAUGAGCUCACAGUUAGGGAAGUGCCAAUUGAAUCCUCAGCAGAAGCAAUUAACGACAAUGUGCUCACAGUUACGGACCUGACAAUUGAAUCCACAGCAGAAGCAAUUAGCGUACCACCACCGGGGGUCAUCAGGAUUUACUCGCGGGCGUCGAACGUGACCCUUCCAGAGGGGACUAUAGUAGCGCACAGUGAUGAGAACUGGAUUGCUGUGACUGCAGGCGGCGAUCGCAAUUUACUUUGAGGGCACAUCUAAAGUUGAAACCAUUCAAUGUGUUCGCGCUCGAUAUUCACUUGGGGGGACUAAUAUUAGGGAGAACAUUUAACCUGGGCAGUGGUUUCUCUUGAUCAUUUCUUGGGCUCUUUCCAAGGAGUGGAACAGAGAGAACUGUAUAUUAAGAUCUUAGCUUGUGUGCAAUAACAAACCUGACGCGAUUUGGUCCUUUUUUCU